GAGCGCCUAGGUUUGACAUUGUUGUUGUAACUAGAGAAAUUACUUUAUCGCUGGGGUCCUGUUUUGGAUUUAUUCAUUUGACUUGCAUCCUCUGAAAAUCCCUGAAGUUAUCUACAACUAGUCUUCAUAAAGUUACGGAUUCCACGGAGAUUUUUUUUCACUAUGUAUUACCAUUAUGGGACGAUAAUAGACAUAUCUCCGAGGCCGCUCAAGGCGUGGCUGGUCUUGUGGUAACACAAGGUGACGAACCACCACCAGCACCACUCCCCCCCCCCCCCCCCUUCCCCUCCGACCUUGAGCACCUGUGGUCUUGUAGGGGAAGGCAGUUCCCCUAGAUAUUUCUCCUGACCUAAUGCCCCCCCGCCGCCCCGUAAAUUCAUGAUCACAUGACCUUGGAUAUGGACGCAGUCCUGUCCGACUUUGUCCGUUCCACUGGAGCUGAACCGGGACUGGCAAGAGACCUACUAGAGGGCAAGAACUGGGACCUCACCGCUGCCCUCAGUGACUUUGAACAGCUGCGACAGGUGCAUGCUGGGAACCUGUCGUACUCAUUCGCAGAGGAGAGGUUGUACCCCACCCCCACGGACAAAGAAAUGGCGAGGGUGGGGCGGCCGCUUCUCCACCGCCAGGAUGAGGUGGUGCAAGGUGAGACCUCUGCCACAGAGAAGCGUCUGUCGCGGGGAAUCUCCCACGCCAGCUCCACCAUCGUGUCCCUGGCGCGCUCGCACGUCUCCAGCACGGGCGUCGUGGGCGGCGUGGGCAGCAGCAGCGAGCCCCUCCUGGACACGCCGCUGUGCACCUUCCAGCUGCCCGACCUCACCGUGUACCGCGACGACUUCCGCGGCUUCAUCGAGCGGGACCUCAUCGAGCAGUCCAUGAUGGUGGCCCUGGAGCACGCGGGUCGUCUAAAUUGGUGGACACGUGUGGGGCCCAACUGUCAGAGCCUCUUGCCGCUAGCGACAAGCGGAGAUGGGAACUGUCUGUUACACGCAGCUUCUCUGGGUAUGUGGGGCUUCCACGAUCGCGACCUGAUGCUGAGGAAAUCUCUGUACGCGCUGAUGGACCACGGCCAAGAGAGGGAGUCCCUCAGGCGCAGGUGGAGGUGGCAGCAGACUCAACAAAACAAGGAGUCUGGCCUGGUGUACACCGAGGAGGAGUGGCAGAAGGAGUGGAACGAGCUGCUAAAGCUGGCGUCCAGCGAGCCCAGGAUACACUACAGCACCAACGGCACCAAUGGGGCCGAGUCGUCGUCGGAGGAGCCGGUGUACGAGAGUCUGGAGGAGUUCCACGUGUUUGUCCUGGCUCACGUGCUGCGGAGGCCGAUCGUGGUGGUGGCUGACACCAUGCUCCGGGACUCUGGAGGAGAGGCGUUCGCACCCAUCCCAUUCGGGGGCAUCUAUCUGCCCCUGGAGGUCCCUGCUGCGAAGUGUCAUCGCUCUCCCCUGGUCCUGGCGUACGACCAGGCCCACUUCUCCGCCCUGGUCUCCAUGGAGCAGAAAGAUGGCACCAAAGAGCAAGUGGUGAUCCCGCUGACUGACUCGGAGCACAAGAUGCUACCGGUGCACUUUGCUGUGGACCCUGGGAAGGACUGGGAGUGGGGCAAAGAUGACACGGACAAUGUGAUGUUGGCAAGUGUGACCCUGUCCCUGGAGGCCAAGCUCCAGCUGUUACACAGCUACAUGACUGUCACCUGGCUGCCCCUACCUUGUGAGCAGGCACCCCUGGCGCAGCCCGAGUCGCCGACUGCCUCUGCAGGGGAAGACGCCCGCACCCCCCCUGACUCCGGAGAGUCAGACAAGGAGUCGGUGAGCAGCAGCUCCAACGGCAACGGGGACGCGACCACAGCGGGGGCGGCGAGCGGCGGCGGGAGCUCGGCCAAGAACAGCUCCUCCUCGUCCAGCUCGUCCAGCAACAGCUCGGCGGGGACCCUGACCGGCGGCAAGGACAAGAGCAAGAAGGACAAGGACAAGGAGAAGGACAAGAAGAGGGCCGACUCGGUGGCCAACAAACUGGGCAGCUUUGGCAAGAACCUGGGUAACAAGCUGAAGAGGAACGUGGGCGGGCUGAUGACGGGGAAGAACGCGGGGGCGGGCGGGGCCAAGCCGGAGGCGGGAGGGGAGAAGAAGAAGGGCUCGCUGAGGGGGCGGAAGGGAAGCAAGGACGGCUCGCCGUCGGCCCAGGCCUCCGAGGACUCCGGGAAGGGUUCGCCCUCGUCGGGCAGCGAGCGCCUGAACGGGACGGGCGGCAGCAGCUGCAGCAGCAGCGGGAGCAGCGAGAGCGACCCGUACAAGUACAGCGCCGACGUCAAGGCCAGCCUGGCCAUCCUGCGGGCCGCCAUGCAGGGUGAGAGGAAGUUCAUCUUCGCCGGACAGCUCACCACCAGCAACCGGCAGCCCUUCCAGGAGGAGAUGAUCCAGCGGUACCUGGCGGACGCCGAGGAGCGCUUCCGGGCCGAACAGGAGCAGCAGAGGAGAGACACGGAGCGAAAGGGCGUGCCCAACGGCCUCCCGCAGCCCAAGAAGGAGAGCGGCGGUGGCGAACUGAGCUACCGGCCGUACGAGGCCAAGGAGGAGCCGCCCGAGAGCUCUCCGCCCACCUUCAACCACCUCAAGUCGUCCUCCUUCAACCCCUCCAUGUACUCGGGCGUGGUGCCAAUCCCUCGGCCCUCGUUCAUGGAGCAGGCGCCCGGCCCGGCCCCCCUCACGCAGCACCUCCACAUGCACGGCUACAUGGAGACGCGGCGGCAGCUAGCCGGCGGCUCUCCGGCCUCGUCCUACCCCGGCCUUCCUUCCUACGCCACCCUCCCUCGCCACUGCCCCCUGGCGCAUGGGCCGCCCCACCCCCACUACAACCCCUCGCCGGCCCCGGCCUCCCUCAGCCCGUCGCGCCUCAACUCGUCCUCCUUCGCCCCCUCGUACCCUCCGGAACUCGACCCCCCGGACUACCCCACCUCGGAGCCCACAGCUGGCGGAUACAGCAACGGCUUCCGGGAAGUGCGCCCCAGCCUGGACAGUCGCGGGCCUCCCCCGGUCAGGCACUACUCCCUGGGCAGCGCCGGCGGGCUGGCUAGCUUGCAGUCCAGCCGGUGCCGGACACCCAGCUGCACCUACUACGGACACCCCGAGACGGGCAACUACUGCUCCUACUGCUACCGCGAGGAGCUGAAGAGGAGGGAGACCGAUCCAGCCAUCCACAGGUUCUGAAGCGGAACUGGCUUUUGCGCACUGCAAGGCGUUCGGGAUAGGUCGACCUCCUAACGAACCACACAGAGCACGGCUCUACCUUACCCUUUUUUUUUAAGGGCCUCCCUUCCUGUCGGGAAGGCGACAUUGGAGCGCAAUGGAUGGGCGCUCGGCACAACAAGAGAGAUUGGGAUGGGUGGAUGGAAGUGGGAACCGUUUCGCCUGCUGAGGCGAUGGGACUAACUGCACUUCUGUUACAUUUUUGCUGUGGCUCUUAUGCGGGCGCUGGGUUUGUGUGCGUGCGUGUUUGUGAACAGCAGGCUCUCCCCCGCUUUGUCCCCCUAUUUGCCUUGCAACUGUCUCCUUCUGCUGGAGAGAAUGUAAAUGGCAGGCAAUACACAUGUUCUGACAAAAAAAACAACACACUAACGCAGACACGGAAAUACACUUAAGCAAGCACAACCCAAAACUGCUUGAAUAUCUCCGGUUGUUUGUGGAAAAUUCCGAUUUCGCUCUUUACUUUUAUUGCUGUUUUAACAUUUGAAGGCCCCUUCACCCCAUCAGAUCUUAGCCAUCUGAUAUUGCUGUUAUCAGGCACCCAUGGCAUGUGUUCCCUGGGAAACUACGGGGAGGUACGUUCAUAAGAUGAUGCGUUCAAGGAAUUACGUCAUUACGCAUCCGUAUAAUGCAAGCUGAAUCUGUUAUUGUAAGUAUGUCAAAGUUCUGUGGGCUGCUAUGGUGCUACUGUUCCAGAGUACAAGAGAUGGAACUCAACAAAUCCCGCUCUUGUAAUUUGCUGUCCAUUUUCUGGUUGGGUAGACUUGAUGGCGUCCCGAUAACAUUUCGCUGUCAUAAAUCGAUUAUAAACUGAUUUAUUUUGGUUUACUCUCCUGGUACCGUAAAAUAAAACUAACCUGGUGGCAUGCUCUGGUCAGUAUUGUUUGAAACUUAACUUGUAGUAUUCGCUAUGGUUGUUGGAAUUUUACUGUUCCUCGCUUGUCUUCCUCAUUUUAUAGUCACGCAGAGUAGUUAUUUCAAUUUGGGAUUCUCAAAACCCCAUUUCAAGAACACACUCUCAUACUGUAACAGUUAUUCUGAAAUCGUUAUUUAUUAAAAAUACUAACUCCUCAAGUCUUUGACUAAGAAGGUUUGAGGGACCCGAACUCUCGUGUAUCAUAUUUAUUGGAAGGUUAAUGCUACAGGUAGUACUUUGUGAAGAGCUAAGAUUGUACCCCCUCCUCCCCCUCCAGCUUAUGAAAAAAUAUUCACCACAUCAAGAACUAGAAAAAUUGAAACAUUUAAAGUACAUGUAUAGUAUGGAUGGUCACACCCAGGUCCAAGAGAAGUCCCAGUACCAAGGGGAUCAUGACUGGCCCUAUGCUUGACCUCUCUUCUGCACAAAUUCAAGCACUUUCCUAAUGUCCAGCGACAUUGUGUUACCGUAUUUGAAGGUAUCUGACUGUUACGUUGUCCUUAGGUCUCGUCAGAACUCUAGACACUGCCUCCUCUACCUGCCUGAGCGCAGAUGGGCGGGGGCGCUUUUUCGACUACUUCUGUCCGAUGGGGUAUAGCUGCAUACCAGUGUCUAACUCGAUUUCCUAGUUGCCUUUUCAAUCUCUGUCCUUGUGGCAUUACAAUCUUGUUUUGUAAAUUUUACAAGAAGACGUCAAGUAUACAGUACUUGUUUUUGCUGCAGUCCCCCCCCCCCCUCUUCCAUUAAACUCUACAUUUUGUUGCACAGUCAUGCAUUGUACGUUGCUAUGGCAUGUUGUUGUUGCCAUUAUGGACAGAGAAUCUCAAGGUGACUAAAACUAGACAUUUUCUUUGAAGAAGAAACGUAAUGCAUUGAUAUGAUGUGAGGGAUGUAGACGAGUUUAACUAAUAUUCCUAUUCAUUAUCACUAAGCACAUGAAUGAGAUGUGCAUAAUUUGGAUGUUUGGCAUGAGAUAAUUUAGCAAUAUAUUACUAAAGAGCCAUGAGAAGAAAAAAGGUUCAGUGAACAAAACAAUAGAGGUAAAGAUCCUUCUCUUCCUGACUGUAUUUUCUGAGUUAACUGAGAGCAGUCAUUUCACUUAAAGCACAAGAGAAUUUCUGUAUGCAAUUCACUGCCUUGCCCAAUAGAUGGCACCCUUUUAUUUGUCAUUAUUGCAGGACAUGUAUUGCCCUACUUAACCAAAAUAAAUUGAGGGAGAUUCAUCAAUUGUUAAGACAACAAUAUAUACUAAUUUCUGAAGUAAUUAGUCUUUCUAUGUUUAGCCAUGGAGAUGAGGGAUUUUUGCUGUACAUUUGAGGUAACAUUCUCUUGAGGUACAUCAAGCAAACAAUUUAAAACAAAGUAUCUGACCAACCCUUGUAGGGUAACUGUCUAUAAGAAGGAAUGCCCACUGAAAUAGAACCAACCAUUCCCCUUAAUGACAUUAUGCUAAAACCCAAACAAUGCUGUGUGUGUGUGUGUUUGAGUGUGUUUGAGUGUGUUUGAGUGUGCUUGAGUGUGUUGGUGCGCUUAUGUUUUAUGAAACUUUUUGCAAAAAAGCAUUGCAGCUCCAAUAAGGCACAAGUAACAGUCGUUUCCAGUAGAAUGGCGACGGCUGACACUUAAGAAUGCGUGCGCUCAGCCCUCCCCUUUGUAUGUACCAGCACCACACGCUCGCAUCAACGGAACGCUAUGGCUAAUAAGAAACACCUUGAACAUUGAGCUUGAAGAGACUGCAACAUGUUUUGUAUUUAAUGAGAGGACAAUGAGAGGUUGUAUAAAUAUGUUUCAAGUUAUUUUUGUAAACCCAAUGUUUUACAGUGUUUUUUAAGAUGAGAAUGUCGGCUAUAUUGAUAGGCACUACAAAAAGAUUGGACGAGAUGCUCUCAACUGAGUUUGGGAUGCAGUCAGUAUUUAUCUGAGACGUUUAAGCCUGUCAAAGGUUAUCCCAAGCAAGCCUGUUAAAAUCGAAGGUUUCUCGUUAGCAAACUACUUUCCUCAUUGCUGACCUGAAGUUAUGAUUUGAGAGUAUAUAUUUAUAGUAAGAUUUUUUCAGAAGUUUCAUUUUGGAAUGUUUAGUUGAUCAUUUUUAGGAUGUUCUUUCGUACGUGACUAAUUGUCUAGCAGACCGGCUUUUAAUUGUUUGUGUUUUUUACGUUUUGUUUACUUUUUUCCUUUCAGAUCGCCACCAAUUUGAGCUAUGCUAAGACUUUAAUACAAGACUUGAUUGCUGGUGUAUGCAACCUAUGCUCUUGCUCCAACCUUUCCCCUGGGAAUUGGUAUGCCUGCGAAUUUGUUACAAAAAGCCCAGUAUUUUUUGUACAUUUCUCUCAUUUCGAUGGACAGAUUUGUCAUCGUCAACAAUAUUUACAUGGGAUACUUAAGUUGCAUGGGACUGGAACUGUUGCAUGUAAAUGGCAAAUCAAUUUAAACAAAUUUGUGCAUUACUUUUGAGCUGAUUUCAGGCUGUCUUGGUUUUCGGAUCUUUGUGUGUGUGCGUGUUAGGAAAGGAGAGCCCAGGCUGUGUGACAGUGCAAUCUGGAUGGAAAGAACAUCUGAUUUUACGUUAUAUUUUUUGCACCGUUUGAAUAAAUGUAUUUCAACAACGCUA